AUAGGCCUAUUCUAUUGAUUAUUUAUAUAAACCCAGCGAUAGUAAUAAUACUAAAGAGUAAUCUAACUUCUUCAUUGGCAAUUGGCCUAAUUGUUUGGUAACUCCUGGUAUCCUUCAUCAGUUCAAGGAGGAUAUAUAGGAAAGUAAAUUGAUGAGAUAGAGAUGAUGAAGCGGAGUACCUCGGAGUCGGAUCUUGAGCAGUUCGUCAGGGACUGGGAAACUACGAGUAUGACCGCCUUCUCUACCUCUGACGCCGCUAAACCCUUAGCCUUGCCCUCGCCCUUGCCCUUGCCCGAUCCUAAUAAUUAUUAUUCCCCUGCCCAUCUUUAUGACUCGAGAGAUGAUCAGGAAGUAAUGAAUGAUAUUUCGAGUCACAACAGAGAAGCAGCUGAAACAAAUGUAUUGCUAUUGUCACAGAAUCUUACCCCGAAGGGAUCCACCCUUGAUUCCCCAAAGCUAUCAUCCAUCUGUGGAAUUGUGUCAUCGGGAAGUCCAGUGUCUGCAGGUAAUAACCCUAAAAGUAAGGAGAAUAAAGUUAGAGGAACUACAAGUGUUUCCUCUGAUCAUGACCAAACGGACGAUGAAGAAGAUGUAGAAACUGACGCUGGUCAGUGUGAACAGAGCUUAAACCCCUUUAAUUUGAAACGCUUUCGGAGGAUGCUUUCUAAUCGGGAGUCUGCCAGGCGAUCAAGGAAAAGAAAGCAAGAGCAUCUCGCAGGUCUUCAAUUUCAGGCUGAACAAUUGAGGGUACAAAAUGAUUCCCUGUGCGAGCAGCUUACAAAUGCUCAUCAACAAUUUCGUGAUGCUGAAAUUAAUAAUCGAGUGCUAAAGUCAGACGUGGAAGCCUUAAGAGCCAAGGUAAAGUUGGCUGAGGAUAUGCUUGCUCGAGGCUCCUUGACUUGUGGUUUGAAUCUACUUCUUCAAAGUCACUUGACUUCACCGCAACCAAUUGCCACUCACAAUAUUGGCUGGGUAGCAAAUGUCUCACCCACGACUAACAUCCACGGAGAUGAUUCCAUAUAUUCUGGAUUGACUGUUUCUGGGAAUUCAGCCCUUGAACUUGCAAAUGUUGAUAUCAGCAAUGGGAAUCUCAAUAAUGGAAUUAGCGGUGAUGCUGUGAGCGGUGUUUCGGAAAUUUGGCCUUAAGGAUAUGUAUGCCUUGUCCCCUGCUUCGUUCGAUUAGAUCUAAGUAUUAUUUAUCUCUUAUAGAAAUUUCUCCCCUACUUUUUACUAUUCUAUG